CGGCGCGUCGGGCGGGCGUUCCACUCAUUCCCGGCGCCGCUCGGGGAGGUGCGUCUCCGGCAUGGCUGCGGCCGACCCUGGGGACCCGGCGUCUGAGCCAAACCCUGCCGGGCUACUGCUGGGCCACAUCGUGGCCUCGGGGACAGUCGCUCAGGAGAUAUUAGAUAUAUCUAAGAAAUCAACUCCUUGCUUUGUGAACUUCUCCAGGCUACAGCAGAUCACAAAUAUUCAAGCUGAAAUCAAUCAGAAGAACCUGGAAAUUGAACUUCUAAAACUAGAAAAAGAUACAGCAGACAUUGUUCAUCCUUCUUUUUUGGCUCAAAAGUGUCAAACUCUGCAAAGCAUGAAUAAUCAUUUGGAAGCAGUGCUAAAAGAGAAGAGGUCCCUCAGGCAAAGACUGUUGAAACCCAUGUGCCAGGAAAACCUGCCUAUUGAAGCAGUUUAUCACAGAUACAUGGUACAUUUGCUGGAGUUGGCAGUGACUUUUAUUGAGAGAUUAGAAACCCACCUUGAAACAAUUAGAAAUAUUCCUCAUUUAGAUGCAAAUCUAAAGAGAAUGAGCAAGGCUUUAGCCAAGAUGGAUAUUUUGGUGACUGAGACAGAAGAACUGGCAGAGAAUAUACUCAAGUGGCGAGAACAACAAAAGGAAAUUUCCUCUUGUAUCCCCAAAAUAUUAGCUGAAGAAAAUUAUCUUCACAAAUGUAUUGUAACACCAUAACAUCUUCUUUAUCUUUACUUCUAAAGUUUAUGUCCAAACUAUUAAU